AUUUUCCGUGACAGUGUUCCUUCUUCCUCACGAGAACCCCUUUCUCUCUCUCAUCCUCAGAUUAUCUCUCAAUAGAGUGGUGAAUCUCUGGUGAAACAUUUGGUUAUAUUACCAAAUACCAAUCACAUUUUAGUAACAGAUCAACAUAUCAUUUUGUUUGUUUCUCAUUUCUCUCUAACUUUGACGUAUUACUAAUAUUUAAUAAUUAUAUUAUAUAUAUUUUUUUAUUUGCUGUAAAUUUCUUUUCCUCCAUCGGCCGCUGGAGUUUAUCGCUGCUCAGAUCCGAAAUUUUCUCUCCGUCGCUUUUUACAUAUGGUUUUUCACAAAUUUUCCUCUUCUUUUAAAAAAUAAUUUUUUAUUAGAAAGAAAUGUUGGGUAUCGUUGAUUCAAACAAUAUCAACGAUUUACGCAAUCGACAGCAGAGAAUUUAGGAGCAGCCACUGCUAUAGCAAACUUUCACGCUUCAGAUUGAUUGAUCGAUUGAUUGUGUUUAUUGAAGCGCCCCCCCUCCCCUCUCUGUCUCUCUCUCUUUCUCUGAACUCCAGAAAAGAGUUACCUCUAUUUCUUCAUUUCCUUUUUUACUCUACUUUUUCUCGAUUGAAUUGGCUAUCGUAAUUCAAUAUUUUUUUUUCUGGCAAUGUGGGUUGUUACAUGACGGAAAGAUCUGAUUUUGUGAUCUAAUUGGCGUUCAAAUCCGUUUCCAUCAACAGUUCAAUUAGGUUUCCCAAUUUGAUCGUAGCUUCAGGAGAAAAUCUCGGGUGAUCCGUGAUAAAUCCCGGUCGAAUUAAGAAAGUCAAUUCAAAUAACAGCUUUUCAGCUUGAGGCAUACACCUCGCGCAAAAGACAUUGUGCCGCGCACAGGAAUAACGGCGAUUGAGUUUGUCAUAUCAUUAAAAUCCCUGAGAAUGCUGUUAAAUGCUUCAGCUAAAUGCUGCAUGUAUUAGGGAAAAACAAGCUGGUCCUAUGCAUCAGAAACAUCAGGUUCCCUGUUAGGAGAAACAGGUGUCUGAAACUCUCUUUCGGCAUGGGCUGCAUUUGCUCCAAAGGGGAGAAAGAUGAGAACAAGGUCAAGAAAGAGAGAGGCUCCAAAGGAUCCUUCAAAAGAUCCGUUAGGAAGGAAGAUAUUGUGGUCGAGGUUGAUAACGGAGGCAGUGAAGCUACAACAAGGCUUAUAUCAACGGAUAACGCUGAGAAAAGUGCAGGGUCCACCCCAGCCGUGUGGGAGGAGAGUUAUAAGAAGCCAAUGGUUAGUGAGAAACCCAUUGUUGUGUCUCAAAUGGUCGAGAAUGGGACUCAAGGGGGGAAGCCUCAGAUGUGUCGGGUGUUGAGCAUGAGAAAUGGGGUUGACGGGUCACAGGUGGUUGCUGGCUGGCCGUCGUGGCUGACCUCAGUGGCCGGGGAAGCUAUUAAGGGGUGGAUACCUCGGAAAGCGGAUUCUUUCGAGAAAUUGGAUAAGAUUGGUCAGGGAACAUACAGCAGCGUGUAUAGAGCUCGUGACCUUGAAACUGGAAAAAUUGUCGCUUUGAAGAAAGUGCGGUUUGUCAACAUGGACCCUGAAAGCGUCCGUUUCAUGGCCAGGGAAAUCCUUAUCCUACGCAGGCUCGAUCACCCUAAUGUCAUGAAGCUUGAAGGUCUUGUCACUUCUCGGGUUUCAGGGAAUCUUUACCUGGUAUUUGAAUACAUGGAACACGAUCUUGCGGGACUUGCGGCUUCACCAGUAGUUCGAUUGAAUGAAUCUCAGAUAAAGUGCUUCAUGCAACAGCUGCUUCGUGGACUUGAACACUGUCAUAGCCGUGGAGUCCUGCACCGUGAUAUUAAGGGUUCAAAUCUUCUGAUUGAUGAUCAUGGAAAUCUGAAGAUUGGUGAUUUUGGGUUGGCCACCUUUUUCCGGGCCAAUCAAAAGCAGCCCCUUACUAGUCGUGUUGUAACCUUGUGGUAUCGACCUCCCGAGCUUUUACUUGGUGCUACAGAUUAUGGCGUAGCUGUUGAUUUAUGGAGCUCCGGUUGCAUUCUUGCUGAAUUAUUUGCAGGGAAACCAAUCAUGCCCGGAAGAACAGAGCCUUGUAAAUUGUCCAUUGCAAAUGGAGCUGGAAGAGGCAUUGUUGACAAUUCUCCUGGCAUAGUUGAACAACUUCAUAAAAUCUUUAAACUUUGUGGUUCACCCUCAGAAGAAUACUGGAAAAGAUCAAAGCUACUGCAUGCUACAAUUUUUAAGCCUCAGCAUCCGUACAAGAGAUGUGUGGCUGAGACAUUUAAGGAUUUCCCUCCUUCGACUUUAUCACUUCUUGAAUCACUUCUUGCUUUUGAACCAGAGCUUAGAGGAUCAACAACUUCUGCACUUCAUAGUGAGUUCUUCACAACAAAACCUUUACCUUGCGAUCCAUCAUCUCUGCCAAAAUACCCACCUAGCAAAGAGUAUGACGUGAGAGCACGAGAUGAAGAGGCGAGAAGACAGAGUGCAGCUGGUGGAAAGGGAGGCCGAGUCGAAUCAUCCAGAAAAGGCUCCAAAGAGUCCAAAGCAGUCCCAGCACCUGAUGCUAAUGCUGAACUGCCAGCUUCAAUACAGAAAAGAAAAGGGCAAUCGAAUCCCAAGAGUAACAGCGAGAUGUACAACCGCGAGGAGGACAGUGGUUCAGGCUUCCCAAUCGAGCCAUCAAGAGGAUCUUUACAUGAUAAUAGCCACUCGAUGCUCAUGGGUCCAUCUGGAAAUUCACUGGAUUCAGUAAACGAGGAGCAUCGUCUGAAUUCUCAUGGGCUGCUCGACUCCUCAGGAUACCGAGACCUAAAGACCCAGAGAUCUUUCAAACCGCAGGGUACUCGACUGGCUCGGUUCUCCAACUCGGUGGCUGCCCGUGGCAACUCGCAGCUUGAUUUCAGCCGUGACCAGCCCAAUCAUCUGCUGGGAAAAGCAGAGUCCCCGUACAAGAGCAAUGGGCAGGUGCCUAAUCUCAAGGAGGCUAAUGUGGGUUAUGCUUUCAAGAAGACAAGAAUGCACUAUUCUGGGCCGUUGCUGCCUCCAGGUGGAAGUGUGGAGGAAAUGCUGAAAGAGCACGAAAAACAGAUUCAAAUAGCUGUCAGAAAAGCUCGUGAGAAGAGUAAGAGCAGGAAAAGCCUGCUCGAUAAUGGACAGACAGAUUCACUCCUAGGGUAUGUUAAUGGCCGCUGAACUUUGGUGCUGCAUCAAAAUGUAUAUGUCCUCUUUUACCCCUGGAUUAUAUGUUCGCGCUUCGAAUGAGCGCGAGUUGAAGUAUUUCCCCUUUCCAUCUGACAAGCAAAUAACAUCUUACUUCAUGUCCGUUGCUGCUACCUUGAUUUGGAAAAUGAGAAAAAUCUGAAAGUGUUCAAAUGUAAUUUUCUUAGAUGCAUAGAUAAACUAUCCAAGAAUAUGGUGACUAUUGGUUGCGAGGUGAGAGAAGGAAUUUUUUUUGGGCGUGUAAGGUCGAGAACAUGUAUGUACAGUAUGUUGACUGUAAAUCCUUCUUUUAUGUGAAGGUCCAUAAACUUUUUUUGGUAAACUAGACUCUGAAAUUAGAGAGUGCAUCCGGGCAAGAUGUAACAUUGGCAGAAUUAUCGAAAAUAUUAUUAUGUACAGGCUUUUUGCAAGACUUAUAUAUCAGUGUUCAAGUCUGAGAGUGCAUUUGUACAACUCAGUUGAACCACAUUCAAUCCUAAUGAUAUAUAUCUUGCGGGUGUAUAAACCACCUUUUAUAUCAUUACAGACUAAAAAGCAUUAUAGUCCCUUAGGAUAACUAAUAGAAAGCAUGAAUUCUGUUGGCUUUUGGUGCUCUGGUUAAUUGUUGGUUCAAACAAAGGGGGAUGUGUUCUAAAGUAUUUUUAUUCANUGUUCUCUAACCUCUAUCAACAUCAAAA